AAUAAAUAAAACAUUUUUGAAACCAAAUUCUCGCAACCAUCUUGUCUUCUCUACACAUGUAUAAGUCUACGUGUCGAUAUUUAACAAGGAAACUGAUAAGCUGCAACAAUCGUCUGUGGAUUUAGUGUAGUGGACGAGUGUACGAGUGUAUAAUGCCUGUGUUGUGCCUAAAAUGUGAUUGGAUUUACUAUUAACAUGCCUAUUAUUAGAGAUAUAGAGCGAGGGCCAGACCAUGAUGAGGCCGCCCAUCCGCUGCUUAACCCCGCAGAGUCUGGUGACUUACGCAUCAGAAUGGCCAGGCCUAGGCAUCUGGGACUGGAUGGCCGCCCACCUCUACCCAAGUUGAUAAUGCCAGACCUGACUCCUUCAUCAGUAGGUUCUACUGUAAACAGUACUCCGAUGAUGGAGUCAGGUGCCAUCGUGCCCAAACCCUGGAGGAGAGGAGAUAGGAGACUGCAGAGGUUGAACACAGAGUUAUUGGAGGCUAUUGAGACACAUGAUCUGGAGGAAGUUGAGAGGUUGCUAAAUGUUGGAGCAAGUCCAAACGCCACCUGUCGUCUUGGCUUCGUAUCAGCCUGUCACACGGCUGCCCUCAUCGGAGGAGACGCCCUGAGCCUCCUCAUCAAGUUCGGAGCUGAAAAACUGAGGAUAGACAAGCUUGGCAGAACCCCACUCCACUUAGCAGCAUGGGCUGGGAAUGCGAGACAGGUUGCUAUACUGUUGGACUUUCCAGAAGAUAUCCAAGAGAGAGUUGGCACAGAAAGCAUGUCUUCAGAAACGGAGGAAGACGUCAGGAAGCUGUGUCCUCUCAUCAAGGAGAUGACGAAUGUUCGCUGUGACCUUGGAGAGGUGGAUGUGACAUUACCGAAACCAUGGAAAGACAAUAUUGAUCAUAAUUGUCGGGAUAUUAAAGGAAGUAUGCCUCUAUUCCAACCUGGUUGGACGCCGCUCCACGUGGCUAGUUCGUGUGCUCGCAAACAUUGCACCCGGCUACUGCUGGCUGCUGGAGCAGACCCUAACAUCACCGAUGUGGAAGGUCGAACACCCCUCGACGUGGCUGGCUACGCGUACUAUUAUGAACAGGACGUCAAUGAGAAGCAUUUCGUAGAAGUAAUAAGAAUGCUCCUCAAAGCUGGUGGAAACUUCAACACAAUGAAGAACACAACCCUAGACAAUCUGGACACUCCAUUACACACUGCGGUGGAGAUCGAGAGCUUGGACGGCAUACAGGAGCUCUUGGAUGCUGGAGCAGUCGUCACCUGUCUCAACAGAGCUGGUCAGACACCACUGCAUGUGUGUGUCAAGAAGAAUCUGGAAGAACAUUUACAGCUUUUAGCAAACUACGAUUAUAUGAACGCGAAUCCACUGCUGGCUAUAGUGGACGUGAAGGAUAAGGAAGGUCACUCAGUGCUGCAGGCCGCCGUGGAAGCUGCCUGGGUGCCAGGAGUCUGCAUCGCUUUGGAGGCAGGAGCUGAUGUCACUUCGAAGGCUAACGACGGAGAAACACCAAUCCACUCAGCAGCUGCACUAGGCAACCUAGACGUACUAAACGAAAUACUCAGUAUUGCUAAACAAAGAGACGCAAUAGACUAUCAAAAUGAAGAAGGAGAAACACCUUUAUACAAAGCCAUAAUCAACGGCCAUGUCAACUGUGUAAAACAAAUACUUAACGAAGGAGCUAAUUUAAAAAUAAUGUUACCAGGAGACGUGAACAUUUUACACGUAGCAUCCGAUUAUGGACAUUUAGAAGUUCUAAGAAUACUUCUAGAGUUUAAUGAAACAGUUACAGAUGCCUUAAUUAACACUCUAACAGCAGGAGAUAGGAGGGGCUUUGGUCCAAUACAUUUCGCAGUUUUUAACAACCACGUUGAAUGCGUAGAACUACUUUUAUCCAAAGGAGCUGAUAUUAGACUAAGAACUACAAGUAAUCCAUACAAAUCUUCAACUCCUUUACAUUUGGCUGCUAUCAAAAACCAUCUAGAUAUAGCUAAGAUUCUGCUCAAAUUUGAUAAGACGACUGUUCAUGAAGUGAAUAGUAUGGGCUGGUUUCCUUUGCACGCGGCUAGUCAUCACGGAAGCAGAGAUGUAAUAACAAUUCUACUUCGCGAAGGAGCAGACUUGUCAGGAUACACAGACGGUCCGAAGAAAUAUAGAAGAACAGCUAUAGACAUGAUAAUAAACAACUUGUCAAAACCAACAGAAUUUAUGGAAGAUGUAUUUGACUCCUACAUUUCAAGCAAUGGUACGGACUUGCAGGAUCAUAAUUGUGAAGUGACCGUGGAUUAUGGGAUUUUGAUGCCAACAGUUUGUGAGAUGGAACAGAUGAAGGUCAUAGAAGCUUUGCUGAAGACUGGGAACAGAUAUGGCCAGAGAAGAUUACUAGUUCACCCAUUGGUAGAAAGUUUUCUGUUCUUAAAAUGGAAAGCGUUGUUGCCAUUUUUCUACACAAUCAUAGGUUUAUAUGCAAUUUUCUUGCUGUCUUUGACCGUGUUUGUGGUAUCAGUAUUUUUGUUCAGAGAUACUCAUGAGAAAAGGCCGCAGUGGUUGGACCCAGCGCUCUGGAGUUAUAUCGUUUAUGCCACGAUAGCCAUGAUAUUAAUACAGGAACUUCUCUACAUGAACGUUAAAAGUAGUAGAUACUUUCUGCAGCUGGAAACUUGGGUCAAAUUCGGAUCUUUAGGUUUUGCAGUGAUACUCCCAUAUACCAUAGUCGUGGUGAACCUGAACGAUGAUGAAUGGCCUCGGCAUGUAGCUACAGUGGCUUUACUGCUGUCCUGGCUGGAAAUGAUGUUCUUACUGUCCCGGUUUCCAAAUUGGGGCUACUAUGUGCUAAUGUUCGGAAAAGUCGCCUCUAAUGUUGUGAAGAUUCUCCUAACCUUCAUGUUCUUAGUGGUCGGGUUUUCCCUCAGCUUCAUGAUACAGUUCCGAUCCCAAAUCCCGUUCGACGGGCCCUGGGCAGCACUCGUCAAAACAAUCGUCAUGAUGACGUCAGAGUUCGACUACGGAGCCUUAUUCGACGAAGAACAUUCAAAAGAACUAGCCACUUCUCUUAUAAUAGUCAGAAUCAUCUUUUUAAUUUUCCUUAUUUUAGCAGCUAUAGUACUCAUGAAUUUGCUAGUAGGUGUUGCUGUUAACGACAUUAAUGAUUUAGAAGUACUAGGUAAUAUUAGAAGGCUAGUCAAACAGGUAGAGUUCUUAGGGACACUAGACACUUUAGUUUACAACAGAUUAUUCAGUGCUAUUCUACCAAAAAGAAUAAACAAUAGCUUGAAGAAUAAACGUAAUGUCCUAUGUGUGAUGAUUCUGAAGCCAGGUAAACCAAGAUGGAAGCAUUCUAGAACAUUGCCAUCAAGGAUAAAAGAUGCAAUUUUCACCAAAGCCCAAGCACAGCAAAAACAGAUAGAAGACGAAUUAGGUUUGCUAACGUUUAAGACGAAAUUAAGUGAAAUGCACGAUGCUAUAAUGGCUAUGAACAAAAAGAAUGAAGAAAAAGAAAAACCUGAAACUAUAUUGAAGUUACCAACUGAUACUAAAGCCAGGGUUAAGUUUGAUGAAGUAGCUCACCAUCUACACGACCUUGAUGAUGCAGUUGUGGAGAUGAAGACGCAAAACCAAGAGUAUGUUGAGGAGUCUAAGUGUGCAAUGGAAGAACUGAAUUCUAAGAUAGAUAGGGUGUCUUUGGAAUUAGACACUAUUAAGCAGUUCUUGUCUAGGUUAGAACGUAAGCUUAGUAGAUGAUUGUUUG